CUCCCGCUGGUUCGAUUACUCAUUCAGGUUUCCCAAAGGUCAUCUGUAAAGAAUUUUGAAGAGUUUCUUCUGUUACACAGGCACCAAAACUUUUGAAACCAGAAAAAUGAGUGAAGAACGAGUUAUCACUUCAAGCACUCGCCGCGUCUACACCACAAACUCCGAUGGCGCAAGUCUGUCGGGUGGUGCUGCCGGUGGCGAGAGCCUCAACAUCAGCUACGGCAGUGGCGGUGGAGCGACACUCGUCUCCAACUACCGGCCAACUGUGGCCGCAAGAAGCGUCAUCAUUCAGAGGUCAGUCGGUGGAAGUUUGGGCGGUUCCGCCGGUGGCAGCAGUAUCAAGAGGUCGUAUCAUUACAACACCGGGUCCUCGAUGGGAAUCGUCCCAAGUUAUGCUCCCCUGGUUAACACGGGAGUGACCAGCGUGAAAAACAGCCGUGAGAAGGAGAAGAAGGAUAUGCAGGAUUUGAACGAGAGGUUCGCCAGCUACAUCGAGAAGGUGCGUUUCUUAGAGGCCCAGAACAAAAGGUUGAGCGAGGAGUUGGAGAAGUUGAAACAGAAGUGGGGUAAGGAAACGACCCAGAUAAAGGUCAUGUUCCAGGCCGAACUCGAUCAAGCCAGGAAGGUUUUGGAUGACGCGGAGAAGGAGAAGGCAAGAUUGGAAAUCAAAGUGGCCUCUCUCGAGGAAGUUAAUCAGGAGCUGGUCACCAAGUUCAAUGAGCUGAACCAAGUGAAUGAUGAUCUGAGAGCUAAACUGGACAGACAGAACCAACAAAUUGUUGAUCACGAGGCCGAGAUCAGUUUGUUGAGAAAGAGACUCGAGGUCCUAGAGGGUGACAAAGAGAGAGACAAGAAGACCAUUGCCAAUCUCAACGUUGCUCUCAACAAUGCUAGAAUUAAUUUGGACGAAGAAACUUUGAAGCACAUUGACGCUGAAAAUAGAAGACAGACCUUGGAAGAGGAGUUGGAAUUCUUGAAGGGAAUACAUGAGCAGGAGUUGAAAGAGUUGGCGGCCCUUGCCUACCGCGAUACAACGGCCGAGAACAGAGACUACUGGAAGAACGAGAUGGGCAGUGCCCUGAGAGAGAUCCAGGAGCUGUACGAUGAUAAGUUUGAGUUCAUGAGGAGUGAGAUUGAGUCUUCCUACGAAUCUAAGAUGCAAGAAUUCGUGAGAGGAGCCACCAAGAAGGACAUGGAGACGACGCACAGCAGAGACGAAAUCAAACGUCUCAGAAUCCAAAUUGCUGAUUUCAGAGACAAGGCCACUGACCUUGAAGGAAAGAACGCGCGCUUAAUGAAUGAGCUGGAGAUCUUGAAACGGCAAAAGGACGAAAUGGAGCGUGAAUUUGGUCUAGAGAAGAUGAAGUAUGAGGAAGAGAUAACAAGGGUGAGGGCGGAGAUGGAGGCAAUCAUGAGAGAACUGCAGGCCAUCAUGGACUCCAAACUGGGACUCGAGUUGGAAAUUGCUGCCUAUAGAAAACUUCUGGAAGGGGAAGAAUCAAGAGUUGGCCUGAAGCAGCUGGUUGACAUCUACGCCUACGGAGGUAGUGGUGAAUCUUCAAUGAUGGGUGGUGGUGGUAGCAGCAGUGCCAUCGCUAGCGGCUCGUCGUAUUCAUACAGUGGUGGUGUGAAGCAUGGAGAGAUACAAGCCAAGACGACAUUCCAGAGGAGCGCCAAAGGUCCGACGAACGUUGGUGAGAUUGCCUCGGACGGUAGAUACAUCGUACUCGAGAACAACGGAAAGAAGGUUGAGAAUUUGGGCGGCUAUAGAUUGGUGAGGAACACUGAUGAUGUCGAGACCUUGAACUUCGUCCUCCCCGAUAUUAAAUUGCACCCCGGGGAUAAAAUCACGUUGUGGGCCAGAGGCAAGAAGCCGCCCAACGCGCCGUCCUCUGAUAUUGAAACUAACGAUGAUAACUUCGGUGUCGGUUCGAAUGCCGUCACUAAACUAUGCAAUGCAAUGAUGGAGGAAAGAGCCGUCCAUGUCCAGAAAACAGUUUACGGAUAGUUGGAAGGCCAUCUAACGUCGAUGACGUCAUUAGACAUACGUCACACACAAGCCAUGGACAAAGAAAUAAAUAAACAACUUUUAUACGUAUCUUUCGUAUUUUUGAAAUAAAAAAAAUGUUUUCAUAACAUUUAAAUUCUGAUAGCUUGUUUCACUGAGACUUUUUUCUACUCUUAUAAGCUUUACUAAUAAUGAAUAUUAAUCAGUUUUUACUUAGUAUUAAUUACUUAUUGCUAAGUAAAAGUAAUCAGGUAUUACUAAUUAGUAAUUAAUUAUUUAUUACUGAUUAUACUCUACCAUGACUAAUAGAUGAUAUUAUUAAGAGGUGAAUAUUUUUUCUUAAAUUUGUGAUUGUAUUUCAGUUUUGGUGACACUUGAAUGAAUAAAUAAUACGUGCCUUGCUUUAUUUUCAUCUGACAUCAAUGCUUCUUCCAUUGGAAAUAGUUUAUAGAAUUGUCAGUUGUGUGUGUGUGCUUCAUCUCCCUCUGAUAACGAUUGAGAACUUUUUUGAGAGUAAAUAAACGUCUUGAAACAAGUUUCAAA